AGACGUUUUAUAUUAUGUAAUCUUUUAUAAAGGUGAUGGAGAUAGCAGCGUUAUGAAACGUUUACGCAUUGCUAAGCCAUAUGGACCUAAUUGCAUUGUACAAAAAGUUGAAUGUACUAACCAUUUAUUGCGAAACUACAUCAACCGAUUAAGAGAUUUAACAAGCAAACGGAAAAAUUCGAAAGGUGAGCCAAUACCGGGUUAUCUUAGAAAAUGUAUUCAAACUCGUCUGUUACGAUUACGGUACGCUGUCACCGAAGCUGUAAAAUAUAAUCGACAACUUCAAACAAAUAUACCAUAUGAAACCCGAUUAAUGGUUCUAAAAUCAGAUUUGGUAAAUGGGCCCAACCAUGUGUUUGGAGAUCAUACCAACUGUAGACAGUACUUCUGCCAGGGCACAAAAGAAGGUAAUAUCACUAAAUAUAAUUUAUUAGUGUAUUGAGUAAUUUAUGUAUUUAUAUGUAUAUAGUAUAAUAUAUUUUUAAAAUUUAUAGGUGAAGAUAAUCUUGUCGAUGAACUAACGCGAUUCGAACUAUGGGAUGAUAUUAUACGUGCUAGAAAUUUACUGACUUAGGUACCACACGGAAAGUCUUAUGUAUAAUUUUAAUAAUAACGCGGCAGAACUGUAUAACUCAAUCUUGGUCAAAUUUAUCGGAGGAAAACGGAUUAACUUUUCUCACAAAGGUUCUUAUGAGCUUCGAUGUAAUGCGGCAGUUACAGCUUAUAACGAAGGAGCUAAUCGUCUAUCUUCUUUUA